CAGUGCAUUUUUGUCCAUUGUGAAACUACGGCGCGCUGCUAUCCACUUGAUCAUGGCGAUGCUGCUGGAUUCCUUGUUUAAAAUCACAGAUAUUGUAUCCCUAUAAAAUCAUGAGUAUUUUCUUCUUCAGUCUGUUUGGUUCUUUCGUUACACUUAUCAACGGAUAAUAACUAAGAAGGAGGUGACUGAUAACGAUAACCAAUCAUCCGACGAACAUCAGAGAACAUCUGUUCAUCUUUCUCUUGACAUGUUUACUCCAUCCAAGCCGAUAACUCCUGCGAUCCGCGGAACAACCAAGCCAUCUCGGCCUCGGGUACUAUUUGGAGUACCUCGUUCAGUAUCGGUGCUGGCCAAUCAAUGGGCUCUCAAUGCGCUAGAGCUCCUCGCUACAGUACCGGCUGUAUCCGUCAGCAUUCGAGUAGACAGCUGCUACGUCAUUCGAGACAUGGAACGAACGCCUAUCCUCAUGGUGUCGAUCCCUGUCGGAGAUAAAUGCUGUGGAGUCGAGGAGGAUGAAAUGAACUUCAAAGUCACCACGACCUUGUACCAACCUCUGAUUCACAUAGAGACUUAUGGGCAGAGAUUCUGCAGAGGCGUUUCUUAUGUUGAAGGAUUUGUGAAGUUCUAUCCAGAUACGUACCUUGGAAUAAUGGAAGGAGACAUCAACACCGUGUUCUUCCUCAAGACAAAUUCCGGCGAUAAUUUCUGCGCAGUCAAGAAUAUAGAAAACGAAUGCGGAUUUUGUUCGUGUUCCCGGAGGUCUUAUGAGGUCAAGCCGUUAUCGUCACCUCAUGACAUGGGCAGCAUAAUGACCGAUAAUGACAAGUACUUGAUCGUCACCUUCCCCAGAGUAUUUGACAUCCAUAGGCGUACGAUACUCUUGUCUUGCGUUAUCAACAUGCAAUAUCAAAUAGAGGCGGAGAGACGCAGACGCCGAAGCAGCUGUUUUUUGGUAAAAAGAUGAGACCAGGUUUAUCAGACGAUAUCGCUGUACUACCUACCUACCACUGAUCUACAACACUGUAUAUAAUGUGAUGAAAAGUAAUUCCAUGGUCUGAAGUUCCAAUUGGUACAUCAGACUAAUGCUUAUACAUAUGUUGCGUGUUACGAACACACGCAAUCACACCUGACUAAAAGCAUAAAAGAGAAAGUAGUUUUUGGGAAAUUCCUUUAAAGAUUUCGUUCACUACAUUCUGAAGCAAGUGCUUGAAUAAUUUUUUGUGAGUGCAUUGACACUAUAGUAGAUUCCCAUCAACCGUGCAUUUGAUAUCUAGGCCAAUCCCUUACGACGCCCCAGAU